AUGCGAGCGUGCGACGUGUGUAGUGAGGAGUACGCCCUUGAACGUGGUCGGGCCUACAACGAGAGAAAGAAAAAGCGGAUUCCACGGGCCGAGCAAGGCGGGAUACCGAGGCUGUGUCUUAUUCGCACGUUGGAGUCGGUUGCUGCAGCAUCGAUCCUCAACUGCUUCGUCUCGUUGGAAACCGCAGUGUACCAAAGGAUCUCUACACGAUGGGCGUGAAAAGCUGUUUUCAUCCGACCUACCUGCCAACCAGAGUCAACCGCAGGAGAUAGCGGCCGCGGUGGAAAUGUGAAGCAGCUUGUAGCGUGGUUGAACAUCACGACAGGCGGCGUCAAUGCUCGGCACGUUAGAGCCAUGCGAGAGGCGCCUUUCGUUCCGGCAUGGUUCUGGCUCUGGCUAUUGGCCUGGGGACCAUGCUCUCGGGCCUGGAAGAGGGAUGAGAUGCCGUCUCACAGCAGGGUGCGAACCCUCGACUCGCUCUACAUUUCACCCCAGUUCGCUGUUGCCCUCACCGUCGGCAGGGGAAAAUUGCUGGCUGCCUGGUUUCGCAACAACUGCGGCCUCCAGCACACCAGCGACGGUGGCCUGGUCAUCACCGGCCACCAAUGCUACGACGUACCCACGGUCGACAUGUCCUCGUGGGCCGUACCGGCAUCCGGCAUUGCGAUGUACCUCACGUCAGUGCGUUACCUCUCGGAAAGAAGCUUCGCAGGCUACGGUCCUGUGCACCACGUGCACCGCCUGGAGAUCUUACAGAACAAGAUCACCAACAUUCGUCGGAGGUCGUUUGUGGGCUUCUCCAACGUCACUUUCCUCAGCCUUGCCGACAAUCCGAUCAAGUUUCUGUCCGGCGAGGCUUUCGUCGGCCUCGACAGCCUCAAGGUUUUGGUACUGUUCCGAACGUGGCUGCACGAGUUUUCUACAGUCGUCGCGGCUGUCAGUCCUCACGUGCUGCCCAGUCUCGAGAUCUUGAACCUCGGCGGUACGCAAAUCUGGCGCAUCGAAGAGUACGACCUCGUUCCCAUGGAGAACUCAUCGCUCAAGCACCUCCAGAUCAACCUGUGCGACAUGCUGACCUUCAUGCACCCUCACGCACUAAAGCCACUAAAGCAUUUAGAGGGCUUUUACUUCAGGGACAACUUGAACAUGCCUCUCGACAACAUCAUCGACGUCAUCACCAACAUCACUCAAGAAACUUUUCGAGUAAUUGACGUCAGUCAGCCCGUUUCAAAGACUGCCACGUACACAAUCUUGCAAGCAGUGUCUCGAACAACGGCGGAAAUAGUGAUCUUUAUUCGGCUUACAGACGCUACGUUGACCAAAGACUUCUUUCCCCUCAUGCCGCGAGUUAAGUGCAUAGUGCUAGAGUCUGGAAAGAUACGAGACUUCAAACCCAAGGCCGUAGCCAACCUUCCGAAUCUUGAAGAAAUAAGUUUCGUCAGGAAUCAGUUCCUGGGGAUACCCUCCGGAAUCCUGGAGCCAAGACUGAAGGUGCUGGACUUGAGUGGCUAUGACCGCGGUUUCAUUCAACUUGAUGUUCCUGACUACGUAUUCGGCAAAAUGUCUAACCUUAGGGAGCUUUAUUUGCGUUACAAAGCUUUGCCUUCUCUAACAGAAUAUACAUUCUGGGGCCUGGUAAGCUUAGAGAACUUGGACUUGAAGAAAUGUUCAAUAGAUUCACUUCCCGAAGGAGUAUUUAAACACCUCAUCAAGCUUAAGCAUAUUGAUCUCAGUCGAAAUCCAAUAUUUCGUCCCGGCUCCUCUGUUAAUAUGAGGGCGUUCCAAGGUAUUAGUUCCCUAAAGACUCUCAUACUUUCUGAUACAAAGCUAACAGACUUGUCAACGUCAUUAUCCUUCGGAGAUCUUGCAGGCUUAGAGUAUAUGGACUUGUCUAACAACUCCAUAUCAGCGCUACCCGAUGAUUUCUUUAAAAGUAGUCAUAACCUCGAGCAUCUCAACCUUCGUCAAAACUUCAUAGAGAGUUGGAAGCCAGACAAGUCAUCCAUAACAAAGCUUAAGAGCUUAGAUUUAUCGCUCAACAAACUCCAGUAUUUUAAUCGCGACGCCUUGCGAAGCUUUGACCGUCUUCACAUCCUAGACCUCUCUGAAAACGUUUUUUCGUGCACGUGUGGCAUCCGGCCUUUCCUGGAAUGGUUGAGGGGCACCAACGUCACGGUGCGUUACCUGCCGUACACUACGCUGUACACGUGCGGCGAUCCUUUAGAGAUGGACGGCAAGGCCAUCCUCACAGUCGACUCUCUCCUGCAACGAACAUGCAAGCCAACGCUCCUCGUCAGUAUCGUGUGUGUAGGCAUUGUUAUUCUAGUCAUCAUCAGCUUGCUCGUAGCCGGCUACAUUUAUAGGCGCCGCUUCGACCGCUGGCUUCGGUCGCAGUCCACGGCGCGUUCUGCCGCCAGCAAAGUGUACCUGUACGACGCAUUCGUCUCCUACAGCAAUAGCGACACACAGUGGGUCAUCAGCAGGCUGCUGCCCCAGCUGGAGUGCAGUACUAUAGGAAAUCUUAAGUUAUGCGUCUACGACCGAGAUUUCGUCGCUGGACGCAACAUCAGCGAAUGUAUCCUAGAGAGCAUCAAGCAAAGCCGAAAGAUCAUUCUGGUGCUAUCCAACAGCUUCCUCCAGAGCCCCUGGUGCAAAUUUGAAACAGACCUUGCUCAGUACACGCUUCUGGAAGAGAAUCGCGACGCCUUCAUCCUGCUUAAGAUCUCUCGCCUCGACGAGACGCUCCUGUCGCCAAAGCUGAACUACCUCCUCAAGACGCGUAUCCACCUGAGCUGGUCUCAGUCGCCCAAGGAGGAAGUGGUGUUCUUCAACAAGCUCCACAAGGCACUAACAGACGACAGAACUCGACCUCUUUGCGAACAAAGUGCGCCGGCUGCCGCCCCAAAAUUAUUGUUCUUCAAGAAAGUCAAGAGGAAAGCUAACCUUGUCUAGUUCAGGCUCACGAUUUUCUCAAAACCAUGUGUUCAGUGCUGUGUGCUUGGAAAAUGUGCCAUGUGUGCUGCAC